GAGACAUUAAAAAGCGAUAGGGAGAGACAGAGAAGUAGACAAAGUGAUAAAAGGGCAAGACAGACAGAGGGCGAGAAAGGAAGACAGGAAACGAUGGGAGGCAGAACGAGAGGUAAAUAGAGGAGGAGACAGAAUGAUUAACAACGGAGAUAUAUAAUCAAAGACAAACAGAUAAAGACCGAAGAUCAAAGAUUAAAUAUCCGCGAGCGGCAGCGCGAGCCGGAUGGUGACGUCAGAGGCAGCGGUGACAGCCGCCUUUCAUUCAACAAGGAAGUGAAGGAAACGUCGCUCAUUUGAAGGCAAAACCCGGCAGAAACUGUCGGGUUUCUCCCCGCGUGGUGCGUGUUGCAGUACACCCUGAAUCAGCCAUGCAUUCUGGUAUUGACCUUUUCCCAGCAGCCUUCUCUGAGAUGGAUAUCAAGUAGUCUGUCCCACAUCAGACUUCUGAGUGUGAAAAAGUGACAGUAAAAAAUCAACACCAUCGCCGUCAAAAUCCAAGUUCAACUAUGGCCCCUAUUCCUCCGGGUAUCCGCCUACUGGUGUACUUUGAAAAGGAUCAGUGGUACAAAGUCUUGACCUUCAUCCUCACCUUCCUGUUGUACACCAGUUUCCACCUUUCCAGAAAACCUAUUAGCAUUGUUAAGAGUGAGCUCCAUAAGAACUGCUCAUCUGCUAAUGAACUAGCCACUGCCAGUAGCAGCCAGGAUCCCUUCAUGCCUUCUCCCCACACAGAUAUGGACUGCAGCUGGAAGCCUUUCGAUAAACACAACUACAAACAGCUGCUGGGAGCCAUGGACUAUUCAUUCCUCUGUGCCUAUGCAAUUGGAAUGUACCUCAGUGGCAUUAUUGGGGAGCGACUGCCUAUUCGAUUCUACCUGACAGUAGGCAUGCUGGCUAGUGGCCUCUUCACAUGCCUGUUUGGACUGGGCUACAUCUACAACAUCCACAGCCUUGGCUUUUACAUUUUUGUCCAGGUGGUCAAUGGCUUGGUCCAAACCACUGGCUGGCCCAGUGUGGUGACCUGCAUCGGUAACUGGUUUGGAAAAGGAAGGCGUGGGCUCAUCAUGGGCCUGUGGAACUCCCACACCUCAGUCGGAAACAUCCUGGGCUCUUUGAUCGCUGGUUACUGGGUUUCCACCAACUGGGGCCUGUCCUUCAUUGUGCCAGGGCUCAUCAUCGCAGCCAUGGGGAUUGUCUGCUUUCUCUUCCUCAUUGAGCACCCAAAUGACUUGAAAAACUUGUAUGCUCAAAAAGCAUCGCUCAGCAAGCAUAUUUCUGUCAACAAGUGGAAUGGCGUAAACGGGCACACUGAGCUAUACCUGCAAUAUGAAUGUGGCAAAACACAGAGCUACGACACGGAGCUGCUGCUGCCCAGAGACAACGGCAGCAUGCGAAUCCCUGUGCAGCCCGUCGUGGUAGUGAAGAGUAACACAGAGCCAUCUGCUAUCAGCUUCAUGGGAGCCCUACACAUACCUGGAGUUGUCGAGUUCUCUUUGUGUCUGCUGUUUGCCAAACUGGUCAGCUACACCUUCCUCUUCUGGCUUCCUCUCUAUAUCACUAAAGCAGCUCACUUGGAUGCCAAGAAAGCUGGAGAUCUCUCCACCCUUUUUGAUGUGGGAGGAAUAGUGGGAGGAAUUUUGGCAGGAGUCAUCUCUGAUAAAUUAGGAAAGAGAGCCACCACCUGUGCAGUCAUGUUGCUGCUGGCUGCCCCAACUUUGUACGGUUUCUCCAUGAUUAGUGAGUUUGGUCUCGGCCCAACUAUCGGCAUGCUGUUAGUCUGUGGAGGGCUCGUCAAUGGGCCAUAUGCUCUCAUCACAACAGCUGUGUCUGCUGAUCUGGGCACCCAUAAGAGCCUGAAAGGCAACGCCAGAGCCUUAUCUACUGUCACCGCCAUCAUCGACGGCACAGGAUCUGUUGGUGCUGCACUGGGCCCCCUUCUGGCCGGACUCUUGUCAGCAGGUGGCUGGAAUCAGGUCUUCUACAUGCUAAUGGCUGCUGACUUUCUCGCGCUGUUGCUUUUGCUGCGGCUUGUGAUGAAGGAGCUAUCUUCCAAUAAAUCCCAUCCGAUCUCCGUUGGACAGAUGAAGGAGCACUGAGCACUUUGAUUGCACUGAAGUAGGUCGAUCCUACAACGUGCACACAGUACUAUGCAAUGACACCACUGAUCUAUGUCUGACACGAACCCAGACACGGACACGAUGCACUAUGGAUAGACAGAUAUGCACUGGCACUUGGUGACAGAAACUAACUUACGAGCACCCGUGUGUGCACACAGACUGUUGUCACUAUGGCAGCUCAUUGUAAAGUGUACUUGCACCUCUGAGGAUGUGGCGGAGCUGAUGUGAUCAACAGAAGUCACCCUGUACAUGUUUAAAUGGCAUCAGCUGACAAUUUUCUGUUUCGCCACUUUCUCUGCUGACCUUAUUCCCAUGGUAACCGACUGAGACCUGAAUACUGUACCUGCAGUCUACUUGAAAAAUCAGCAGUGACUGGAAUCAUCUGGACUUUGACACAUAAACUUGUGUAUACGAUGGACCAUGAUGGUUAUUGUUUUGGCUGAGAGACCGAGACACAGCAACUUCAGUGACUUCUCGAUCUCAUAAGUGUCGUGGUUGAAGGUGUUGUUGGGGGCAUUAACCAGGAUAGCACAGAAGAAAAUAGAACUUAGCUGGGCCCAAGUUCAAAAUGGCAGUCAAAGCCCUGUUCUCGCUUUCAUGGAUAUGCAUCCUGGAAUGUCGCGGUAUAUAACCAUAACAAACUGGUGUGUGAAGAUCACAAACAGGAUCUAUCAUCCGGGUUGAUGAUUCAUUGUACCAUUAUAUAAUAUUAGCACAACGAUGGGCACUUCUGGAAAGCCUCCUGAUGAUGUUACAGCAUGCACGACAAUGUUACGGGGUGUCACAGAAAUAUUACCAAAGUUUAUCAAAGUUCAGAACGAAAAAAAAAUUUAAUUUUCAAACAUCCUGAAAGUGGAGCCACAGUUAAAACAAGACCACUGCGCAAUGAUGGAAUAUCCUAGUUCAUCACAGACACCCUCCAAGACCUUCUAAGGUUUUUCCAGGUGAGGACAAGGUUUCCAUCCGUGUGACUCCGGGAUGUGUAUCCAUGGAAAUGAUAAGGGGGCUGAAGUUGAUUCAUGGUCUGUAUUAAGAGAACUGGAUAUGGUGCAGCUGGUCAGCCUUGCUGCUAAAUUUCCCUAGUGGCCACUUCUGGUAGCGACCUUCAAAAGAGGCUUUUGGAAAACUGGAAGAUCAUUUCUUAUUCCUAGAGCUCAGAUUUUUUGGUAUUGUACCUAUAUGUGUGGUGGUAGGACAUAAAAUGCAUAAAUGAACCAGGAAGUGAGGGUAAGAAGAAUUUGCUUUUGCACUUACUGCACAAUUUACAUUGAACAUGGUACCAUUUUGUGAUCCAUCAUUGAGCUCUUUAAAUGUAUUCACACUAUGGGCUCUUUCACAUACAAAGCUUCUGAUGGUCCUGCACAUAACCCUGAUGGUCCUGCACAUAACCCUUACAGUAAUUAGAAUGGCACUUAUUAGCGUGCAAGAACAACCAAAAUGCAGAAUUUUAAACAAAUUAUAAAAGGGACAAUAUUUAAUUGAGGUUUUUUUUUUUUUUUUAAAUGAAUCUAAUUGCAUAUCUGAUAUUCAAAGAUUAAGAAGUACUUCCAAAAAUUCCUGGCUCCUUGUUUUUACAUAAAAUCUCAUUAUUGAGCAAAACAAAAUAUGCAGACAAUAACAUAACAUCCAUGCUUAACGUAAAUAACAUCAACAACAACAACAACAACAGGUUGAAGCUGAGUGUGUGAAAGGUGCGCAUAACAACACUGGCUCCUUUAUCUGGCCAAGUGUCUUGAUGUUGCAGAGUCACCUUUGCUUUACUGAAAUAAACGUCAUGCUAUAAUUUAGAUAGACAACACUUUUUCAAUUUAUUUCAUUUAUAUAGCGCCAAAUCGCAACAAAGUCUCAAGGCGCUCCACACAAAUAA